AUGCAGCUCCGGUGGCGCUUCAAUGUAACCACGGCGGAGCUUCAACAACCUCGCUCCAUUGCAGCGGCCACGGCGGGCGCUACGACGCAACGCACGGCGAUGACGGCGAAAGCCGCGAUGCAGCUCCGGUGGCGCUUCAACACAGCCACGGUAGAGCUUCGACAACCUCGUUUGCGCCCUACUGCAGCCCCCGCGGCGACAUGUGCUGGAUGUCACAAUGAGAUUGGCCAUGGAGGUUUUCUUAGUUGCAUAGGAGGUGUUUGGCAUCCAGAGUGCUUUUGCUGCCAUGCUUGUAAAGUUAUAAUCAGCAAAUAUGUGAUUAUGAGUUCUCCUAAAACUUGUUACAAGGAGCGCUUUCAUCCAAAAUGUGAUGUCUGCAAGCAAUUUAUUCCUACUCAUAUGAACGUCCUUAUCAAAUAUAGGACACAUCCUUUUUGGUUACAAAAAUACUGUCCAUCACAUGAGGUGGAUGGUACUCCAAGAUGCUGUAGUUGUGAAAGAAUGGAGCCAAGGGAAUCAAGAUAUGUAUUGCUUGAUGAUGGUCGUAAACUCUGCCUGGGGUGCCUUGACUCUGCAGUGAUGGAUACAAAUGAGUGCCAGCCUCUUUAUCUCGAAAUACAGGAAUUUUAUGAAGGUCUCAAUAUGAAAGUGGAACAACAAGUUCCUCUGCUUCUUGUAGAAAGACAGGCUUUAAAUGAAGCAAUGGAAGGAGAGAAAACUGGACACCACCACCUUCCUGAAACAAGAGGUUUGUGCUUAUCGGAAGAACAGACUGUCAGCACGAUAUUGAGGAGACCAAGAAUGACAGGAAACAAAAUUAUGGAAAUGAUAACAGAGCCGUAUAGGUUGACACGGCGAUGUGAAGUGACUGCAAUUCUCAUUCUAUAUGGUCUCCCAAGAUUGUUGACAGGUUCAAUUUUAGCUCAUGAGAUGAUGCAUGCGUGGUUGCGACUUAAAGGAUACCGCACGCUCACUCCAGAUAUAGAAGAGGGCAUAUGCCAAGUCCUCGCCCACCUGUGGAUCGAGUCGGAGAUCAUGGCUGGAUCAGGCAGCAACGCCGCGUCGACAUCCUCAUCCUCUUCGUCAUCCACAUCGUCGAAGAAGGGCGGGAGGUCUCAGUUCGAGCGGAAGCUCGGUGACUUCUUCAAGCACCAGAUCGAGUCGGACACCUCCGUUGCCUACGGGGAUGGUUUCAGGGCUGGGAACCGAGUUGUUCAGCAGUACGGCUUGAAGCGCACCCUCGAGCACAUCCGACUGACAGGGACCUUGCCGUUUUGA